AUGGCUGAGUCAAUCCUUGCUUCUGUAGCCAAUUACACCAGUUCCUAUGCCGUGUGGAAUGCUCUUGAACAGAAAUUCGCCAGCCAAACAAAGGCUCGACUACUUCAAUUGAAAGGCCAAUUCUGCAACAUUCAAAAGGGAAGUCUCUCAAUCUCUGAAUAUGUUGAUAAAAUUCAGUCGAUUUCUGAUGCGCUUUGUGUUGCUGGUUCCCCAGUCAGCAAUCAAGAUUUAAUUUUACAAAUGUUAAAUGGUCUUGGACCAGAUUUUGACUCUGUUGUCUUAGGCAUAACAUCAAGGAGUGAUGAUUUAACGAUUGAAGAGGUCCAAGCCCUGCUCUUGACUCAUGAAAGCAGACUUGUGCACCAUCAAUCGAUGACAGAUCUUGUUGUAAAGAUGCAAGCAAAUCUCACCUUCGGCAAUGGUAGAUCGGGUGGUGUUCAACCAUAUGCCAACAUCAAGAAUCCCUCAGUUGAAUCAUCUUCUGCAUCCACAGGUCGAGGUCGAGGAUAUCCUUGCUACAAUUCUCAAAGAGUUAUCUGUCAAGUCUGUUUAAGAUCUGGACAUACAGCCCCUGUGUGUCACUAUCGGUUCGAUAAAAACUGA